AUGGCUAAUAUGUCUCUAAUAUGUCUCUUUCUUAUGAUAGCUUUGUUGUUUGUAAAUGUCUCUGAAGCCGAGGAAGAAAUAAGGGUGUAUGAGCUGAAGAACAGAGAAUUCUCCGUGAAGAUCACCAACUAUGGUGCAACUGUUCUCUCUGUCAUUCUCCCUGAUAAGCAUGGAAAAUUUAAUGAUGUUGUUCUUGGGUAUGACUCCAUUGAGGGGUACAAGAAUGAUUCAACCUACUUUGGAGCCCUAGUUGGACGUGUUGCUAACAGAAUUGGAGGGGCUCAUUUUACUCUUCAUGGGAUUCAGUAUAAGUUACCAGCUAAUGAUGGGAAUAACACUCUCCAUGGUGGUUUCAGAGGAUUCAGUGACGUCAUAUGGACGAUGAAAAGCUAUAAGAAGGAUAGUCAUAUUACACUCACCUACAACAGUGUUGAUGGUGAAGAGGGGUUUCCUGGUGACCUUUCUGUCAUGGUAACAUACAUGUUAAUAGAAAGAAACAAGUUAGCCAUAAAAAUGGAGGCCAAGUCUCUAAACAAGGCCACACCAGUGAACCUAGCUUCACACACCUACUGGAACUUGGGUGGCCACAACAGCGGCGACAUCCUCUCGCAUACCAUUCAGCUUUUUGCCUCCAAGAUCACUCCAGUCAAUGAUGAACUCAUCCCCACCGGUGAAAUCGCUACUGUGAAGGGAACACCCUAUGAUUUCCUCCACCCACGCUCGAUCAGAAGCAAGUUCAAUGACCUUCCCAGUGGUUAUGACAUAAACUACGUGCUCGAUAGUUCGAGCAACAAGCAUUUAAAGAAGGUGGCUGUCGUGGAAGAAGGCAAAUCGGGGAGAAAGAUGGAGCUAUGGAGUAAUCAGCCUGGUGUUCAGUUUUAUACAAGUAAUAUGUUGAAAGAUACUAAGGGAAAAGGUGGGUAUGUUUACUCAAAAUAUGGUGCAUUUUGCUUGGAGACACAAGGUUUUCCAGACUCUGUGAAUCACCCAAACUUCCCUUCACAGAUUGUUAAUCCUGGGGAGACUUACAAGCAUGUUAUGGUUUAUAGGUUCACAGCCGACUAG